AUGGCCGGUGAUCCAGAAAAACCGCCCACUCCUCCUCCUACAACGGAGUAUCAUCUCGCACAAUCCGUAAGCAACAUUCGUAAUGAAAUUCCACUUAUUUUAGAUCGUGAAACUUCCCAAUACUCUAAUUGGGUGGAACUUUUUGAGAUCCAUUGCCAUGCCUGCAGCGUUUUGGACCAUAUUGACCCCUCUACUCCGAGACCCGCCAUAUCUGACGUCUUGUGGAAACGUCUAGAUUCGAUUGUGAAAAAGUGGAUUUAUGGUACCAUCUCAACGGAUCUUCUUCAAACGGUUCUCUAUUGUGGGGCCACGGCUCUUGAAACAUGGAAUCGAAUCAAGGUUAUCUUCCAAGAUAACAAAAACACUCAUGCCGUUUAUUUGGAAAACCAAUUCAAUGCGUUGCACUUGUCGAAUUUUACUGAUAUUUCGACCUAUUGUCAACAAUUGAAAAGCCUCAAAGAUCAAUUAGCCAACGUUGAUCAAAUUGUUUCCGAGCAAAAGCUUGUUCUUCGUAUGGUCUCCGGUCUUGUCAACACCGACUUUGACACCAUGGCUUCCAUGAUUCAACAAAUGGACCCACUGGCGUCCUUCAAGACCGCCAUAUCGCGUCUUCUCCUCGAGGAGGCUCGACGUGCGCAAGAACCAUGUGUCCCUGCCCAAGCCUUUGUUGCCCACGCUGACAAUACUCACUCUCCCACUCCCUCUGCCUCACCGUCACAACAGUCUUGUGGUGGUGGUGGUGGAGGCGGUGGCCGGUCAGGUGGUUGCGGAUGA